AGCGAUCAAUCAACACUCUACCAUUCGACCUCAGCCUUGCUCCCGACCCGGUGCCCGUGAAGGUGUCGCUCUGAUGCUCAACACUAUCGAGUCCGCACGCAUCACACAAAUCUGCACCUACCGCCCCUUCGACGACCGUUCCUGAAGCGCCUGUACGACUCCCAUAGCACCAACACCCAGACGACGUAUCGAUAUACCUGCCAAAAGCGACAACCGAAGUUCUUGCCCAGAGCAGCAUCGACCAUCCGCCAAUCCAAACGCAGCACACAAAACCCCGGAUCGAGCUUCGCCCAACGCAGCAUCUACUAGCAUUGUUAACGCAAUUUUCUUAACGCGCCAAGAUGCCUUACUUCCUGAACCCCUUCACGAAGCAUGAUGUCUCCCAGUUUCCGGGAGUGCUAGUGCCGCUCGCACAAACGUCUCACAAACACCCGUCGAUAACGGAGAAGGAUACUGACGCCGCCGCUAAAACUACUGCUUCUGACCACAGUGGCGACGACUGGGCCAGUGGCCUGACCCUUGAGAAAUUGAGGGCCGAGGUUGACGGUGAUCUAGCGGCAGGCGACCAGAAUACUGCAUAUGAUCGGAAAUCAAAGGUCAUCAACAGGGCUAUCCAAGAUAUUGGCAUGGGCCGGUAUCAGUGGGAGUUGUUUGUUUUGUGUGGUUUUGGCUGGCUGGCCGACAACUUGUGGCUUCAGGGUGUUGCCCUGACUUUGACCAAGCUUUCGCCCGAGUUUGGUGUCGACAGUAAUGCGAUUCGAUACACGACACUUUCCCUCUUCACUGGUCUCUGUAUCGGUGCAAGCUUCUGGGGAUUGGCGUCCGAUGUCAUCGGUCGCCGUCUAGCCUUCAACUGCACGCUGUUCAUCGCUGGCGUCUUCGGCUUGGCCGCGGGUGGCGGUCCGAACUGGGUCGGCACUUGCGCACUGUUCGCCUGCGUUGGACUGGGUGUCGGAGGCAACUUGCCCGUCGACGGUGCUCUGUUCCUGGAGUUCCUCCCCUUCGCAAGCGGCAAUCUCUUGACGCUGCUGAGUGUGUGGUGGCCUAUUGGGCAGCUGAUCUCCUCUCUGAUCGCAUGGGGAUUCAUUCCCAACUAUUCCUGCGCGGACGAUGCUACCAGCUGCACGCGUGACGAGAACUGGGGCUGGCGCUACUUCGUCCUGACCAUUGGAGCACUGACAUUCUUCAUGUUCAUUGCGCGCUUCUUCCUCUUCCACCUGUUCGAGUCGCCUAAGUUCCUGUUGUCGCGGGGCCGGCAAUCCGAGGCCGUGGCCGUUGUGCACGGCAUCGCAUACCACAACAAGGCUAAGACAUGGUUAACGGAAGAAAUUCUGAACGCGAUCGGCGGCGAGCCGGAGACGGAGGUCAAGCAGGCGCUUAGCACGGUUGAAAUCGUGCAGCGCAACCUGAGCAAAUUCGGUACAUCGCGCAUCGGCCCGCUGUUCCAGGGAUGGCGGCUGGCCACCACGACGGUGUUGGUAUGGUUCAUUUGGGCGACCAUUGGCAUGGGCUACCCUCUGUUCAACGCUUUCCUGCCGCAGUACCUGUCCAACGUAGGCGGCGACCAGACUACCUCGACUUAUACCGCCUACCGCAACUAUGUCAUCACCUCGGUGGUGGGAGUGCCGGGCAGUAUUCUGGCUAUGUGGACCGUCGACAUCAAGUACAUCGGCCGCAAGGGCACUAUGGCCAUCAGCACUCUCCUGAGUGGCAUUUUCCUGUUCCUCUUCACGCUCAGCACCGACUCCAACUAUCAGCUCACCUUCUCAUCACUCGAGGCCUUCUUCCAGAACAUCAUGUACGGUGUUCUCUUCGCCUACACUCCCGAAGUCUUCCCUGCGCCCAACCGCGGUACCGGCACCGGAAUCUCGUCGUUCCUGAACCGUCUCACUGGCCUGUGCGCCCCGAUUGUGGCCGUCAACGCGGGCAAGGCCAGCCCCAGCGGGCCUAUCUACGCCGCUGGUGGCCUGUUCCUGGCUGCUUUCGUGGCGAUGGUCUUGUUGCCCAUUGAGACUCGCGGCAAGCAGAGCCUGUAGAUGAUUAUGUGUGAAGGUGUGGUUGUGCUUUGUUUUGAGAAAGAGUGACAAACGAGAUGGCCAUGUCUUGACGAACAUCAAAAAAAUAGAAAGGAUACCAGGAUAGAAGUGAAUGAUAUGAAUUUACGACCCAUACGCACGAA